AUGUACGAAAACAGCGACUCAGCAAGAACAGCAACCACACACCCCGUGGACUACCUCUGGGCCACCGAGUUCAUCGACACCCUCGUCUCAGAAAUGAGAGCUUACACAAGGGAAAUAAAAGCCAAUCUACCCACAAAAGGCCUGAAUGAAGAGGACUCUGCCGUCCUCUGGUGGGCCCCCGAGCUGGAGGUGUACAACCAGAUCCUCAUUGACUACCAGAUCAAGUGUGACCGUGCCGUCACGAAGUUCAGGAGGCUUCUUGAGGAGGGAGAAGCAAAUAUUGAUGACGUGAAUUCGAAGAAUAAACUGGUCUUGGGUUGGAUUAAGUUGACGCAGGUGUUUGUGGAGAGGGUUAAUGUUUUUGAUAAGGUGAGAGUGAGAGCUAUGGAGAAGCCGAGAGAGGGGGAUAAGAAGGCGGUGGAGUCUCUGGGUGGUAAGAAUUCGCUGAGGCCGAGGGAGUUUGAGUGUGAGGGGUUUCUGGAGUUUAUUUCGAUAAUGAACAAUAUUGAGCUCCCGGAUUAUUUGCAUGUCAUGACAUAA